AUGUACGCCAACGCCGUCUAUUACCCCUCGUGGCGCGUCUACAAGGAACGUCCACCUUCUUCCCUAGACGUCUCCUCCAUCACCCACAUCUUCUACGCCUUUGUCGGGCUAACAUGUUCUAGCGUCAACGAGGAUGGAACCCUUCGGACUCUCGACGAAUGGGCCGACAACGACAUGGAAGUCGAUGGCGAGAAGGGCUGCCUUGCAGCCGUUGCCAAAUUGAAGAACGAAAAUCCACACAUAAAGACUGUUGUGUCUAUCGGCGGAGGCGGAAGCAGCAACGAGUUUCCUGGCCUGGCUGAGAGUGAGGAAGCAAGAGAAACGUUUGCGCGGCAGAUAAAGGAGUUUUGCGAUACCCAUCAACUCGAUGGCGUCGACAUUGACUGGGAGCAUCCUCAGACUCCUGAGGCAGGACAGAAUUAUCUCCUAUUCCUUCAAGCCAUCCGAGAGGCUCUCCCGGCGCCCGAUUACCUCUUGACCAGUGCCCUCCCUGUGGGCGAAUACUGUCUCAAGCAUCUCGACCUACCAACUGUAGGCGAGUUGCUCGACUUUCUCAACCUCAUGGCAUACGACUUCACCGGCGCAUGGACUGACGUCUGCGGUCAUCACGCGCAGCUUCUCCCUCCAGGUGAAGACGACGUUUAUCCAACUCUCCGUAGCUCGUGCCAGGCUGGCGUCGACUUUGUCAUCAACCACGGCUUCCCCAGUCACAAGGUUCUUCUCGGUAUUCCAGCAUAUGCUAGAUACUUUGGCCAGGCGCGUGGCCCAGGGCAUCCUUUUGAAGGCGCUGGGGAGAUGGACUAUUGCGACCUCCCGGGUGAAUGGGUUGAAGGUGCUCACGUCGAUGAAGGCGUUGUCGCGGCGUCCUUUGUCGACGAAGGUGGCGACAAGGGCUUCGUCUCCUUUGAUGUUCCCGCCACGGUUCGUAUCAAAGCCAGAUAUGCCAAGGCCAUGGAACUUGGAGGUCUCUUCUACUGGACUGGUGCUGGAGAUCGAACGGGUGAUGAGAGCUUGGUCGCUGCGGGUUGGUAUGAACUUCAAUGCGCAUAA